UCAUCACAACAGAUCGGAGUUGGCCGGAGAAAGAGCGCAGCUACUUUUACUUCGGAGCAAAUUCUCUGUUUUGUUCUUUUUUGUUCCCCAUCAUAGCUUUUUGAUCGUAAUUCUUCUUGGUCGGAGGUUAUCAACGUUUCUUCCAGGAUGGUUAAAGUGUCUUUUAACUCCGCUUUGGGACAGAAAGAUGUGAAAAAGGACGCCGAAACUCUAAUUCCCGAGGAGGACAAAGAUGCCGAGGCUGCUCUGCCGGUGCGUCACCAGUCUCGGGCCUGGUGCUGGUGCAUGUGCCUGGGCCUCGCCCUCAUGCUGUCUGGGGUGGUGGUUGGAGGAGCCUACCUGUACCGCUUCUACGUCCUGGAGGUGAGCAGGCAUCCCCAACAAGGGUGGGACAGUUCCUCCUACGACACCGAGGAGGGCCAGGUGUUUGUGUGCGGGGUGAACUACCGCGAGGAGGACUUCAUGAUGCAGGAGGAGGACGAGGUGGCGGUGGAGCUGCCGAGCCAGUUCCAACUGCGACAGAUCGAGGAGAGGAUCCGGGUCCUGGAGAUGGAGCAGGUGGAGCUCAUCAACGUCCCCGUGCCCGAGUUCGACGACGGAGACCCUGCAGACAUCGUCCACGACUUCCAGCGGAGGUUGACCGCCUACCUGGAUCUGAGUCUGAACAAGUGCUACGUCAUCCCGCUCAACACCUCCAUCGUCAUGCCCCCUAAAGACUUCCUGGAGCUGCUCAUCAACGUCAAGGCCGGCACCUACCUGCCUCAGUCUUACCUGGUCCACGAGGAGAUGAUGGUGACCGAGCGCCUGGACCACGUCGACCAGCUGGGCUACUUCAUCAAAAACCUGUGCGAGGGCAAAGACACCUUCAGGCUGCAGCGCAGAGACAGGAUCCUGGGGAUGCAGAAGCGUGAAGCUCUGAACUGCCACAAGAUUCGCCACUUCGAGAGCAAGUUUGUGGUGGAAACUCUGAUCUGUGAGCCUUAAGGGACGUCGCGGCCUCGCAGCUGCUCUUCGAGUCACUGGCGUGCAGUGAGAUCUGUGUUUUUAAUCCUCGCCUGUCCUUUCUGUUUCCUGUCCUUUUCCUUCAGGUAGUCUGAGUGAGUGAGAGGAGUGAAAUGUGAAGCUGUUUGAGUAAAUCGUCAUCGAUUUAAAAAUGGAAACAAAAGAGCUGUUUAUUUUUCCACUUUUUCUGUACGGGGGUCUUCUUGGAAACAUUAUCUUUUCAGAAAAUAAUUAGCUUUAAAGUCGGCUGUGUAUAAAUAACAUAAAUUAUUUUAAUCAAAAUAACGGCAUUUAUAGCAUGAACACUCGUAAUUUAGUAGACGAGGGUAAAUUUAGUUUGCCUUACUUUUAAAGAGAGAGGGCGACUUUUCUGCCGCUCCUCCUGGUGUUAGAAACAGAUCAGUUUUUUUGGGGGGGGGGUUGUUUUCGUUUUUGUAUUUUGUCUGCUGUAGCUAAUAAUACACUGCACCUGUUCUUUCUUAACUGGGAAAUGAUCUUAAAAUAAGAGUGUGGGACACUCGCUUCUCCUGUUUGAGCUUUAAAAAAGAAAAUGAGUUUGUAAAAGUAUUAAACAAGAAAAGAGAUGAAAGAGUGAAAUCACAGGAAGAGACACACACUUACGUUAAAAUCUUUUUCUCGACGGUUGUCGGUCUUUUUUUUGAAUGUGUAAUUUUUUGGAUGACUCUUCUUGUUGUACUAAUUUGUGUAUAUAAUCUCUUAAAAGAUAUGAACAGACCAACACAAUAAACAAAAACCGACGGAAAAACAAAA